AUGGACAGUCCGGGACAUUCCGCGCAGUAUUGCUCUUAUACCUUCAUGGAGUAUACUACCAAGAUCCUAUGCAUCAUCACCUUAGACAAAAGGUUUACAGAAAAGAAAAGUACAAUCUUGGAAAAGGCGUGCUUUAUAAAGGGACUUGGGUUUCUUAUAGAGAAGGGGAUGAAAAUUAUAGAAGUUGUGACUGAUGCACAUGUGCAGAUUUCAUCACUAAUGAAGAAAAACUAUCCAGACAUCAAGCAUUCAUUUGGGACCAAGAACUUGGGGAAAAAAAUCAUCAUCAAGGCAGGUCAAGAAAAGAAGAAUAAAGGUUUGCUGGACUGGACCAAAGAUGCGGUUAACCAUUACUGGUAUACAGCACAAACUUGUACUACAAAAGAAGACUUUGUUGGCAUGUGGAUUGGUGUAUUACAUCAUGUAGUAAAUGUACACAGUUGGAUAUUGCCAUACAGUUCCAGUAAUAAGUGUGAACAUGGUCCAUUGACAUCUGCUAGAGAGAAGGGAUGGCUAGAAAAAGAUUCCCCAGCUCAUGUUUCCUUAAGGAGUAUUGUUCUGGACAAAAGAUUAUUGAACAACAUCCCAUAUUAUCUGAACUGCAGAAGUACAGCAGAGUUGGAAAACUUCCAGAACCUCAUUUUGAUGUACGCAUCGAAGCGACAUUCAUACACGCCACCUGCUUACCGAUGUCGAAAUCUCUUGGCUGCAUUGGACCAUAAUGGUCACAUUGAUAGAGAAGUUAUGACAAACAAAGAUGGAUCUAUCAGGUACCAGAGAGUUUUUCAGAAGAAAAGUAGUAGAUGGUCAGUCACAACAUGUAAAGAACCAAAACAGUAUUCAUAUGUGCCUGAGAUGAUGCGGAAGAUUAUCCUUAAACGCCUGGAUGAUGCCAUUGGUAUGAACCAGAAGAUGGUUCUAGAGCAGGAUGACCCCAGGAGAGUUUCAUCUCACCUUGCACCAAUCCCCCCACCACCUACUCAACAGAUUGUUCAUGAACAGCGAUCACGAUUUAGAACAAGUGUUGACAUGGACAAAACUAUUGAUUACUGGGUAGAAUGAACUCAUUGUGGACUACUCUGUUCCUGUUAUCUUUAUGAUAGACAUACAUUUUACAUGUCUAUGAUUAGCUAUGAGGCGUGCUUUCAUGUACUUAAAUUGAUAUUCAAUUGAUAGUCAUGUUAUUUAUCAUUGGAUUUUUAAGAGGUUUUCUAUACUUCUUGAUCACAAAGCUCUUCAUAAGGGAAGGUGAU